AGGGACAGUCUGCUGGGCUCAGUGUGUCAGAGGACGCAAUCAUGCAGGUGCUAACCAAGCGUUACCCCAAGAACAGCCUGCUGACUGUCAUGGACCGGUACUCAGCUGAGGUGCGCAACAUGGAGCAGGUGGUAAUGAUCCCCAGCCUUCUGCGGGACGCACAGCCGAGUGGGCAUGGGGGCCCUGCCAAGGCCAGGGCCUCUGAUCUCUACACCUACUUCACCAUGCUCAAGUCCAUCCGCGUGGAUGUGGACCAUGGGCUGCUGCCACGGGAAGAGUGGCAGGCCAAGGUGGCAAGCAGUGAAGCCAAGGAGGCUGAGAAUGGAACCGCAAAGACAGAGGAAGUUGUGGAUGAGAGUGCCUCAGGAGAGCUGGAGCUGGAAGCCCAGUUCCACCUGCACUUCUCCAGCCUCCAUCACAUCCUCACAUACCUGACCGAGAAAGCCCAGGAGGUGACAAGGAAAUACCAGGAAAUGACAGGACAGGUCCAGUAGACCUGGGACACUAGGGAAGAUCCCUUCACAAGAUAGAAGGCAGACUCUGUGAUGAGGCCAGCAGAGCAGUCCACUAGCCGAUGAUGAGAGCAGAAAAGCCUAGACCUGCAGCCAGAAGUGAAGACGGCUCAGUUCUCCGGGAUGAUUCUCUUAUCUCCUUCUGAGCACCAAUUCCUGGACUCCAGUUACCGGCUCACUUUUAGUCUGUUGCUAUUCACUGCUCCCCUCCUCUUACCAGCUUGGGGAGGUGACCAGUGGUUCAGGAAGGACUAGACAGUUACCUGUCCAGUGUGGUAUGGUAGGAAGAACGUAGGUGUUGGCAUGUGACCAAAAUUGACAUCCCUCCUCCUGGCAGUCAUUCAGUAUGUGUACUUGGGCAAGUUAUUUAACCCACUGGAGCCUAAAUUUCCUCAUCUAUAAAAUGGGGAUAUUAUCAUCUACCUCACAAGCUUGUGAAAAUUAAACAUGAUGAAUCAAAAGCACUUGGCAUGUGAGGGCUAUUAAAAUAGUCUACCCGCUGGAGCCUAAAUUUCCUCAUCUAUAAAAUGGGGAUAAUACUACCUCACAAGCUUGUGAAAAUUAAACAUGAGAAUCAAAAAGCACUUGGCAUGUGAGGGCUAUUAAAAUAGCCUGAUUUUUUUUCUCCCCCGCUCCCCUAUGUAUUUGCUCUAGCCUUUGCUUUUUACUCACCAGAGCUGAGAGGUAGCAGAGUCUCUUGGGAUGAAUGGUUCACCCUCUUGUACUUGCCAACCACUGAUGAGGCCAAGGACAAGUGAACUAUAAAGCUAUUUAUUGCAGCAAUAAAAAACAAAAUCUUGUGUUUA